AUGGGUCGGCCACCAAGCGCAAGGAGCGACUGGGUGCUGGCGGCGGCGCCGUUCCGGUUCCUGCCGGACGAGGUGGAGCAGAUGGAAGCGCGCCUGCAGCCACUCCGCAACCCUAGCCCCGACCGCGUCGCCAUGGAGGAGCUCGCGAGGAAGUUUAGCGCCUCCGCUGAACGCAUCGGCAAGGUUGUUAUCCAGCCGAAGCAGGUUCGUAACUGGUUCUGCAACCGGCGCUACUAUUCGCGUGAGGGCAAGGCUGCCAGGGCAGCGCAGGCGGCACAGGGGGAUUUGGCUGCCCGUAGGGUUGAGGCCUACCGUCAGCAGCUUGCUGCCGGUUCCUCGGCUGCUGUGCCCGCCGGUUCUUCCUCAGGGAAAAUUUCUAUGGAGGGAAGUCAGAUCAAAUAUGAAGCCAAGUCAGAUAGAGACGGCUCAUGGUAUGAUGUUGAUGUCAUUUCUUUUAGGACGUCUGAAUUAGGUGAACUGGAAGCAAUAGUCCAAUUAUCUGGAUUUGGAGCAGAAGAAGCUGGAUGGGUCAACGCUCGUACUUGUUUGCGUCAACGUUCUGUUCCAUUCAGGGCCACAGAAUGUGAACUUGUGCGCUGUUGGGACUUUGUUCUUUGUUAUAAGGAAAGUGAACAGGGCGGUCUUUAUUUUGAUGCUCGUGUGCAUGGUAGGAAAAUACAUGAUUCGAGGGAAUGUGAUUGCAAAUUCCUUGUUCGCUAUGAGCAUGAUCAAUCUGAGCCUGAUCCAUUGUCUAACAACCCGUUACUUGACAGUGAUUCAAGCUAG